CUCACUUCAAUUUAUUUUCUCUAUUUUCCACAAUAUCUUAGUCCAAGUGUGUCAAAAAAAAGAUUCUUUUUUUUAUCAAUUAUGGGAGAUUUGGCACAAAAAAAUGUUAUGGAGAGUGAGAAUAAUGGAAGCAAUAUUGGUGAAAUAAUGUUGAGGUUGUUACCUAUGGCAUUAUGUGUAGUGGCACUUGUCAUCAUGCUUAAGGAUUCUCAAACCAAUGACUAUGGUUCACUUUCAUACUCUGACCUUGGAAUUUUUAGGUACUUGGUACAUGCAAAUGGAAUUUGUGCAGCUUAUUCCCUUUUAUCAGCUAUAGUUGCAGCUCUUCCUCGUCCUACAGCAUUGCCUAAGGCUUGGACAAUCUUCCUCCUCGAUCAGAUAUUGACAUAUAUUAUAUUGGCUGCUGGAGCUGCAUCAACAGAAGUGAUAUAUUUGGCAUAUAAGGGGGAUACUGAUGUUACAUGGAGUGAAACUUGUGGUUCUUUUGGUGUUUUUUGCAAAAAGGCAACUGCAUCUGUCUCCAUUACAUUCAUUGUUAGUCUUUGUUAUGUUGGUCUUUCUUUGCUUUCAUCUUACAGACUUUUUAGCAAAUAUGAAGCACCAAUUGGACAAAACAACAACAAAGGAGGUAUAGAGAUAGCUAAUUACUGAGAUCAAAUGGUAUGAAGUCACAUGUUUUCAAGAUUUGAAGUGGUAAUAAAUAUUACUUCCUCCAUUUCAUUUUAUAUGAUGUUGUUUGAUUAAUAGCG